AAAGUUUAAGUUUAAGGUUAUAAAACGGUUAAGAGCUAAAUGAAACGAUUUUUUUGACUGAAUUAUCUACAAUUAAUCUUUUGAAUUAGACAAGUUAUCUGUAGUUGUGGCAACAUUUAUGACGAAUACGGGGAAAUACCUCUUUUAAUAAGUGGCGUUUUUUGAUAAGACGGCUUUAUAACUUGCCUGCUGCCUUCUCUUUUGUCUGUGAUUAAAAAGUAAUUUUUAUUUCAUUCUUAUUUUGGAUUGGAGUGGUUCUAUUUGUUAUGGCUACUUGCAGUAAAUUGAAGAAAACGAAAGUUAUGAAAAACGAACAAAUUGUCGAAUCUGAAAGUAUUGAAUAUUUGAAUAUUAAACAUCCUCUGAAAAAUAUGUGGAGUUUUUGGUUGUACACUAAUGCUAGCAAAGAUUGGAGCGAGAACCUUGUGGAGUUGACGACGUUUGAAACGGUCGAAGAUUAUUGGAGUAUAUAUCACCAUACGAAAACCCCGUCCGAGUUACCGGUAGGGCAAGACUACUCGGUGUUUAAGAAAGGCAUCCGGCCAAUGUGGGAGGACCCCGCCAACGCGCAGGGCGGCCGCUGGCUGCUCACGAUCGACAAGAGGCGCGCUGCGGAACUCGACAAUAUCUGGUUAUAUCUGGUUUUAAUGCUGAUUGGCGAAAACUUACCGCAUGGAGAGGAAAUCUGCGGAGUCGUAGUUAAUGUAAGACCUAAAUGUAAACUCGGUGUUUGGGUGACGAACUUAAAUCAUAAAUCAGCGAACCUAGAGAUUGGUCGUAAGUUAAAGGAGAAGUUGCCGACGAACACUAGACUGGGUCUGCACUCACAUAACUCCAAACAUACUAUUAUUAAUAACUUGUAAACCUUGUGCGCACAUCUGAAACUAAACUAUCGAACAACCGUUUAGUCUCGUUUUGAUUCCUAUGUGCUUAUAGAACGUGCAUACACUACUCGAUUUUUAGUUGUGCAACUAAACAGUUGAAUUGGCUGCAAAACAAUCUACAAUCGCAAAAUAGUUGUGCGAUAGUUUAGUCAAAGGUAUUUUAGCAAUAUGUACCUUAAAUAAGUAUGAGAAUUUAUAAUUAAUAAUAGGUAAACAUUAAUUUAAAGAAGGCAAGAGAGGAACAGUUUUUUUAAUUUCUUAAUUUAUGAUUCUAAAUUCAAAUUCGAUUUGUUACAAAGACGCGUAUGGACGUAGUCUGUGUUUGAAAUAUGCUAUUAAGUAAAAGCCUAUAUAGGUACUAGCAGGGUUUUGUGUCAGCCACAUAAAGAGCAGUAUUACAAUAUAAAAGAUCAAAGUAUUUCAUUUCGGUUUUCGUGUUGAUUGUAGGUUAUAUUAACAUAUGUUCAGUUCAGUGUGUUUAAGCAAAAAUUUAACUAAAUAGUUCAUAUGUAAGUUAAAAUUUUGCUUACACACGUUUUAACUAAACAUUUCGACUUUUCAGUUAACUGUCGGUUACAACUGAGCGUCUGUAGGCUUUAGUUUUGUAAGAUGUGAUUGUUUUUGAACAAAACAGUGUUAAUUUU